CUUCUUUUCCAAAACCGAUCGCCACCCAUACUCUGCAGUUCCAACUUCUAAACCCAUUUCUUCCAAAGUUUUAAUUUCCACGAUCAUUAUGAAUAUGAUUCUACCUGCUUCUUCUCGUAGUAAGAUGGUCUCCAACUUAAUCCUGAUGGAAGAUGUUUUAAUUGAGAUUUUUCUUCUUCUCCCGCUCAAGUCGAUCUUUAGAAUGAGAUGCGUGUGCAAGGUAUGUAAUUAUAUUCUUACAAACCCUUGUUUCAUUCGUCGAUGGAUUCAAGUAAAUUGCUGUGAUCAGUCUCUACCAUGGUCAUUAUAUUAUAGUUAUCAUGAUGUUCCUAAUGAUAUUAGGAUGAGAUUCUUGAUCACACAACUAAGAUCGUCAAGGAGGUCACAAUUCUUGGCUACUGAUAAACAUGGAUUUUCAUUUAGGUUUUUAAAAAGUGUAACAAACCUAGAAGAAUUACACCUCCUAGGGUCUAGUAAGGGAUUAGUUUUAUGCUCAUCGAGUGACUCCGUUCCAACACAAUACUAUGUAUGCAACCCAAUCACCAAACAAUGGGUUACACUUCCUUUAACCGCGUCUGGUGCCAAGGCUGAUUGUGGUAUUGCUUGUGAGCUCGAUUCCUCUGGUGGGUGUUUUUAUCAGGUUGUGCACAUUCCCACAUUUACGAAGAAUGCAAGAAAAUUCAAAAUUGAGAUAUUUUCAUCUGAUGUGGGGAAAUGGAAGGUCAAUAGUGUUUCACGCCAUAGGAAUAUCAUUGGGUGUUGCUCUAGCGUUAGCAAUGUAGUUAUUGUAGGUGACACUCUAUAUUGGAUAGAGUGUGAAAAACUAAUGGCUUACAGUUUGAAUAGAAAUAAUGUUGACACUGGUGGUGAACGAUUUAGGUUGAUAGACUUACCUGUUGUAGAGUCUGAAGAUUCUAAUGGUACAAGAGGCAAUUAUUGUCUUGGGGAAUCAGAAGGUUUCCUCUGUUAUGCUGAAAUUUUGGGAAACCAGGAGUCGGGAGUUUGGGUGUUUGAGGAGGAGUGGCAUUUGCUAAGAACGAAUAUGGACUUACGUUGGCUUAUAGGGGACAUGUUUGGAAGAUUCAAUGAGAAUGUGUGUGAAGAUUCAGACGGAAAAGAAACUAGAGCCUUUUACGAAGAAGAAAAUAAGGCUAUUCAUGAUGUUAAGGUUUUAGGUUUUAAUCCCAUGAAUAAACAUGUCACUGUGUUAAGUUAUGAGUACGGCGUUUGGUCUUACAACACUGGAACUUCAGAAUACGAAGAGCUCAUUGAGCCCAAGUUUGUGGCUAAGAUGCAUAAAAACUAUAAAUUCCAUAACCGUAAAGCUCCCUAUGUCGACAAUCCAUUUGUUAUGAAGGCAAUGGCAACAAUACUUCCAUCACCUUCGUGGAAAAACGCAUCAGAUCAACCAGGACAUGGACAGCCCCCAGAUGUGGGGAUGGUUGCAAGUGCAGGUCAAAUGCCAUACGGGGAAACCCAAUAUCCAUUUAACCAAAUAAUUGGGGGACCUUCUGUAGUCUCUAUUCAGUCUCCUGGCCAGACAGUUGAAUUCUCUGCCUCCCAAGCCCAGCUUGUUCAACACCAACUUUCUUAUCAGCAGAUCCACCAGCAGCAGCAACCACAAUUGGAGAAUCAACUCCAGACCGACUUCAAGAACCACAGUCUUCCAUUAGCAAGGAUUAGAAAAAUCAUGAAAGCAAAUGAAGAUGUAAAGAGGAUUGCAUCAGAGGUUCCAGUAAUCUUAGCUAUGGCCUGUGAGAUGUUCAUAUCGGAUUUGACACUUCGUUCAUGGAAUCACACAGAAGAGAGAAAGCGCAAGACACUCCAAAAGAAUGAUAUAGAUGCAGCAAUUACAGAAUCUGAUAUAUUUGAUUUUCUAGCUGAUAACUAGGGUCUGGCCUGUGCCAGUUGGAGGUCCUUCUGAAGCUCUUUCUUACUUUGCGUCACUUUUUUUUCCUUCAUUUUAUUCCUGACAUCAUAAUAUGCUGCAAUAAUAAAUCAAACAUGUCAAGUUUAAAGUCAUUUUUAGCUCCAGCGGAAUGGUUUUGAUGUACCCUGUAAAUUGAACAUCAGGGUAUCAGCUUUUGAAUUUCCACGGUUUAAACAACCAUUAAUUGUAGAAUUGGUUUGCACCUCCGUUCCGUUUAUUUAUAGGUGUUUCAGUCAGCUGCACUUUUACAGCGAAUGACAUUAACUUUGUA